AUGGAACCAAGGGUGAAUCGAGAUCAACCUCCGAGACAGCAACAAACUUACCGCCGAAGACUUCCCUCCCAAGCUGGAGCAUAUGCCUUGAGUAAGAAACAACCCAAGAUUGAACAAGGGAGUCACGAGAACGGAAACCUGGCAGGUAUGGGCAAACUCCUCGACACACCUAUUGUUGUAUUGUUUGAUAUGGGUGCUUCGCAUUAUUUCAUAUCUGAACUAUGUGUGGACACAUUAAAUUUGCCUACUAGUAAAUCUGAACAUAAGAUGAUGGUGACUUCACCAAUGGUAGGGGUAAUAGAGAUUUCUCGAACAUGCUCGAAAGUAGAAAUUUUUAUGCUUAAGUUAGUCGCUCACAACCUACAAGUCAUGGCAAUGGGGGAUAUCGAUAUAAUUUUGGGAAUAGAUUGGUUAGCUGCGAAUUUUGCGACUAUUCGGUGUAAAGAGAGACAAAUAGCCUUACAAGCCCCGGGGAAGGAACCAACCGUAUACUAUGGAAUCUCGAUGAACCGACGAACAUCUAUAAUCUCUGCGCUUCAAGCUAGUGCGAUGGUAAGGAAAGGGCGUCCUGCUUAUCUUGUCUACCUACAAGGAGAGGAGAAGGGAGAAAGGAGAGUGGAAGAUGUUGCCGUUGUGCGAGGAUUUCUGGACGUUUUCCCAUAA